AUGUUCGGCAGUGUUCAUCGGAAUAGUGACCCCAACAACCCGAACACUCUCAACGGGCCCCGCGUUCCACAGGAAAAUGAAGGACAACCGACAAUCACAACUGGAAUGUCUUGGGAAAUGCGAGUCCAAUCGUUUAUCGGCCUGUUUAUCCUUUCUAUAAUUGCCAGUUUUUGUGGAUCCUAUCUGCUCCUUCUCACCAAAAUCACUGGAUUCUGCAUUCUCACUUCGAUCAGUGCUAUCCUCUCCUUAUCCUCUACGUGCUGUCUAAUGGGUCCAAUCGGCCAGCUAAAGAAAAUGUUUGAUAAAUCUCGAUGGAUCGCUUCUUCUCUCUAUAUUUUGUUCAUUUUUCUCACAUUGAUCUCUGGUUUAGUGUUAAAAAAUGCCGUUUUGGCGAUUAUUUGUACUGCUGGACAGUAUAUUGCAAUGGCAUGGUACUCUCUGUCGUAUAUUCCAUAUGCACGCGAGGCUGUUGCCAAGAUUUUCUGCUGA